CAGUCGGGCAAAGCCCCAACGCCCCAAUGCCCCUCAAGUGAAAUUGCUCCCGACGGUUCUUUUCACUCCUAAACCCUUUCUCUAUCUCCUCUUCCUUCCCAAAUCGCCAUUUUAAAUCACCCAAGCUUUCUCUCAAGACUAGAUAUAGAAUCCGUAUUUCGUGAACGCCGAACCCGCAGCUUCCAUCUCUGCAAAUGAGUGUUGCAACUGAUUCUCUUGUGAACUCAUCAAGUAGUGAUGAUUUUGCAGCAUUGCUUGACGCUGAAUUAGAUUCUGACUCGUCUGAUGGAUCACCGGAUCAAGAUUGUUCAGAUGAUGAAGAUAAUAAUGCAGAGGGCGAAAGAACCAAAAGAUGCAAGGUGUUGGAGAUGGACAGCAGAGUGGAGGUGCAAGGUUCAAAUUCCAAUGGAUUCACUGAACAAACUAUAGUAGAGGCUAUAACAGAUUCAUGUACACAUCCUGGUUUCCUUAGAGAUAUGUGCAUUUGCUGUGGAAAGAGAAUGGAUGAUGGAGCAGGUGUUGCAUUUGGGUACAUUCAUAAGGACUUGAGGCUUGGUAGUGAUGAGGUAUCUCGGUUACGUGAUGCUGAUGUGCGGACUUUGCUCCGCAAUAAGAAACUUUAUUUAGUUCUGGAUUUGGAUCAUACACUGCUUAAUUCAACUCGAUUAGAAGAUAUUAAUUCAGAAGAGGACUACUUGAAGAGCCAGACAGACUCCUUUGAAGAUAUUUCAAAGGGCAGUUUAUUUCGACUUGAUAAGAUGCGCAUGAUGACCAAACUAAGACCAUAUGUUCGUACAUUCUUGCAAGAAGCAAGUAACAUGUUUGAAAUGUAUAUUUAUACCAUGGGUGAGCGCGCUUAUGCCAUAGAAAUGGCAAAGCUUCUUGAUCCUGGAAGUUUGUAUUUUAAUUCAAGAGUGAUUUCACAAGCUGAUUGCACUCAAAGGCAUCAAAAAGGGCUAGAUGUGGUUUUGGGUAAAGACAGUGCUGUUUUGAUACUUGAUGAUACAGAAGCUGUUUGGCAAAGGCACAAGGACAAUCUAAUAUUGAUGGAAAGAUAUCACUAUUUCUCCUCUAGCUGUCGCCAAUUUGGCUUUAAUUGCAAGUCUCUAUCUGAGUUGAAAGGUGAUGAGAAUGAAGCAGAUGGAGCACUUGCAACUGUUCUUGGAGUUCUUAAGAAAAUUCAUAGCAAUUUUUUUGAUGCUGAGCAUGGAAACGACUUUGCUGCGAGAGAUGUGAGACAGGUGCUGAAGAAAAUCCGAAAUGAAGUCCUGGGAGAUUGUAAGAUAGUAUUUAGUAGAGUUUUUCCAACAAAAUUCCAAGCUGAAAACCACCAUUUGUGGAAGAUGGCUGAGCAGUUGGGAGCAAGAUGCGCAGUUGAAGUUGAUUCCACUGUGACGCAUGUUGUCUCCACAGAUGCUGGGACAGAGAAGUCUCGUUGGGCAGUUGAGAAUGGGAAAUAUCUAGUCCAUCCUAAGUGGCUUGAAGCUGCAAACUAUCUGUGGAGUAAGAAACCAGAACAAGAGUUUCCUGUUGUGCUAUCGAAGAAGAGAAAAUGAGUUAUUGUGGGCGCUUGGUUGGAUCUGGCUGGAGAUUGAGUAAAACGUAGCAUGUACAUUUUGUAGGUCGCAUUGGGUAACACCAACAUGUCUUCCUCCCUUGUUUUGGUGGGAGUUGAUAAUGGUUAGGGUAUUUUUCAGGAUCAGGAUCCAUGUACAUGGACUAAUUAGUUUAACAGAGACAUGUAUAUACUAAUUUCAACUCUCUUUUGUCGCAUCACUCUUUUUCUUACUGCUUUUAAACCCAUCUCCUUUUAAGCCA